AAUAUACAAUUAUCCUAUUCAAUACUCGAGAGUACAUGUAGUUAUUGUCAUCUUACAAAUAGCUAAAAAGUAUUUAUUUUUCAAAAUGAAUCAUAAUGUGUGUACAAUUUUAUUUUUUGCAGUGAUAUUACUUUGGACAUCGCAACAUACACAAUCGUGCAAACCUAAUUCUCCUCCUUCUCCUCCUCCUCCUCCUCCUCCGCACCAUCCUCCUCAUCAUCCCCAUCCUCGUUCUCAUCAUCCCGGUUCCGAGUCGACUUCGUCUUGCGCCGACGAAGACUACAGCGGUUCCUCGACGAGCGUUGAAUGCGCCGGAUCUACCGUCUACAGUUAUACCGUGAAGGAUGUAUACGGAGAAGACAUUUGCUUGCAACAGUACUCGGGCAAAGUGUUGUUGAUCGUGAACUACGCGGAAUCGUGCGGUUUAACCGAUAAGAACGUGAAAGGACUCAAAGCAUUGUCCAAGAAAUACAAAAGCCAGGGUCUCGUGAUACUCAUCUUCCCCAGCAACAGUUUCGAUGAGAACCCCCGCGGUAACGAAGCGGGCUAUCAGCUGGCAGAGAAAUAUCCCGAGUUCGUCGUGUGUUCCGAGGUCGAUGUGAACGGUUCCUCCGAAGAACCGUUGUACAAGUAUCUCAAAAAAACGACGUCCACCAGUAGCACAAGAGAAAUCGAAUGGAACUUCACCAAAUUCUUGGUGAACAAACAGGGAGUUCCGGUCCGACGGUUCAGCAGUACCGACGAUUUUGACUGUAUAGAGUCAUCAGUGAUCGAAGAGUGCUGAUGUUAACGCAAACAACGUCCAGAACAUUGGAUUUCAACAAUUGAUAUCAGAUAAAAUGUUCAUUUAAUAAAGAUUUUUUCCAAUAUAAUGUA